AAAAAAACAGAAAAAAGCUACGUGGCCACUCUUAUUGCUACGCGUCGAUGCAAAGAACAAUUAUUUUCAUUUAAAUAGCAAUUCACUACUAAUAAUUAAAAAGGCUCACUCCAACUCCAACUCCAACUCCAACUAACAACACUCUUCUUCAUUCUUCUUCAAUCAAUGGAAUCUGAAAUCGCCUCCGAGUUUCUUCCUUUCUGCCGGAUUUACAAAGACGGUCGUGUAGAACGACUCAUCGGCACCGAUACCAUCCCGGCCUCUCUAGAUCCAACAUACGACGUCGUUUCAAAAGACGUUAUAUACUCACCGGAGAAUAACCUCUCCGUUCGUCUCUUCCUCCCUCACAAAUCAACAAAACUCACCGCCGGUAACAAGCUCCCUCUACUUAUCUACAUCCACGGCGGAGCUUGGAUCAUCGAGUCACCUUUCUCCCCACUCUACCACAAUUACCUCACUGAAGUAGUCAAAUCCGCUAACUGCCUCGCUGUCUCUGUUCAGUAUCGCCGUGCACCGGAAGAUCCUGUUCCGGCGGCUUAUGAAGAUGUAUGGUCCGCGAUUCAGUGGAUUUUUGCUCAUUCUAAUGGAUCUGGUCCUGUAGAUUGGAUUAACAAACACGCCGAUUUCGGUAAAGUUUUCCUCGGCGGAGAUAGCGCAGGCGGUAACAUAUCGCAUCACAUGGCGAUGAAAGCUGGUAAAGAGAAGAAGCUAGAUCUCAAAAUCAAAGGUAUUGCUGUUGUUCAUCCAGCUUUCUGGGGAACAGAUCCGGUUGAUGAAUACGAUGUGCAAGAUAAAGAAACGAGAAGCGGAAUCGCGGAAAUUUGGGAGAAGAUUGCGAGUCCGAAUAGUGUUAAUGGGACGGAUGAUCCGUUGUUUAAUGUAAACGGAUCCGGGUCGGAUUUUUCUGGGUUGGGAUGUGAUAAGGUUUUGGUUGCGGUAGCUGGGAAAGAUGUGUUUGUUAGGCAAGGAUUGGCUUAUGCGGCGAAGCUGGAGAAGUGUGAGUGGGAAGGUACUGUUGAGGUGGUUGAGGAAGAAGGUGAGGACCAUGUGUUUCAUUUGCAGAAUCCUAAAUCUGAUAAGGCUUUGAAAUUCUUGAAGAAGUUUGUCGAGUUUAUUAUUGGUUGAAACUUGAAAGAAUGUUUUUUGUGUAAAUGUUCUUCAUGAUCAUGUAAUCUUGUUUUUAAGAAAUAAAAUACAUGAAUUUCAGACUGUGUGAGAGUUAUAUGAACCUGUUAAAUGUGUGUUAUUAUUUUCUUCAACAUGAGAAA